GAAGGAUUUUUGCACUAGAUUCUCUGCUGGCUACUCAGCUGGCUGGCUACUCUGCUGGCUACUCAGCGCCCCCCCUCCCUCCGCCCAUGCUCCAGCUGUCAUUAUUGCUGGGACAACUAUGAAAUUGUUUUCUUCAGCAAUCUCAACGGAGAGAGGAAUGACCAGCUCCCUCCCUCCCCCACCACGCUGGUUAGAGUCAGCUGUUUAAAUAUCUUUUGAAGGCUCACAGGUUAACAGCAUGGCGAGUGAAGAGGAGGAUUGCCAAGCUGUGGUUAAGGCCGAACUGUCAGUCUGCAAAGCUCAAGAUGUGAGAGAAGAUACAGAAUUAAUUAUGAAGCCCUACGCCAACUGGGAAGAGUAUCUGAUGCCAGCCCCUCUUUCCAUUGCUAUUUUGGGAAACCUGAUCUUCAUUUCUGCAGGCCAAGGAGACUUCUCCAUCAACAAGAAUCCACCUCCCCGUGGCUUCAGAUACCUCCGUUACCCAGAGUCCUUCAGGGCCUGCUUAUGUCAAGUGAGCAACGAAGGCUGGCAUGCCUUCCACGAAGCCCACGUCAACAUGGACAAGAUCCGACUGCUCACAGCAAGCAUCCCAGGAAGAAUGAAGCUCCUGGUUGAAACUCUCUUCCAGGAGGUAGAAGUGGUCAAUGCCGUGCUCCCAGGACAAUUGAGCAGCAUGAAGUCUAUAGUCACAAAGUGCACAACCCUCGCUUACAAUGUGAAGGAUAAAUAUAAGAGCGUGAUCUUUCUGAUCCAAGAGCUCUUGGAGGCCAGUACAAAUGCCAAAACAGCUCAUACAAGGGAGCUGGAAGAGGUACAGACCGCAUUGAGGCAGGCAAAAAUUAGAGAGGAAAUGGCAACCAAGCAUAUGAAGUUGGCUGAGGAAUACUAUAAUAAAAUGCAGAAGCAAACUGAAGAUACAUUUAAACGCUAUAAGAAAGCCAUGGAUGAUGUUCCUUCCGGAUGGGAAGCUAUUGCGAUGACAAUUGUGGAGAAUUUAGGAAAUGCAUUUGCUGGCCUAGUCAAUGGUUUUGCCAACAUACUGCAAGGUAAAUCUAGGACAUCAACAGGAAACGGUCCUUCUGGUGGAUAUGAAACUUUGCAGAGCCCCUUACCUGCCAUGAGAAUCUGUAGGUUUUCAUCCAUGUUACUGACCCAUGCAUCAGGACUCAAGGACCGUGUUGUUAAGCAGGGUGGCAUCAACCUUCAAAAUGUUUAUGACAAGAGGACAGGGGAGGUCAAAACCAACUGGACAAAGCAGGGUUUCUUAGAUGUGAAGAAUGACAUAGAAAAGGAAGAAAACUGCCUACCCAAAGAGAAAGCUCUAAACAUUUGUCAGACUGGGAUAUAUGUCUGUGGUCAGCUGGAGCAAAUGGCAAAAUCUGCCAGAAUAGGAAAGGAAGAAGAAAGUGCUAUCAUUAAGAACAUCAAAGAACUUUGCCAACAGGCAGCUUCUUUUGAUUCCUACAGCAAAGGCAUCCUCAAUGCUCCUGCCUUUACACCAAAACCACCCCAUGUGGCUCAUUACCAGAAAGAAUCAACAGGAGGAUCCGUUGGGGUGAGAAAUGCACACCUCAAGGUACAGCAGAGCCGGGAGAUGUACAAGACGAUCCAAGAAGAAUAUCAAAAGAGCUUUGAGAACUUUAAGGAGGGAAAUGAAAAACUGGUGGAAAUCCUGUGCCUGAUGGAGCAGUGCAAAGUGAAGGAAAUUGAUUUUGAAGCUGCCCUUAAGAUGCUGACGAAAGGCCUAGAGGCAAUGGGACAGGUCCAGCAGCAGUGGGAAAAGAUGAUCCGGUUCUUCGGAAUGAUCUCCAAUAUUAUUGAUACUCACUUAAGUCAAAGGAUUAAUGACUGCCUGGAAUUUGUGUCAGAUGUCCAGCAGAUCAAGGGGUAUUCAUCCAAGUCCUUUGUGACAGACACCAUCUACAAUCAGAUGCUCAGUGCUUCAGCUGUGGUCCACCUGGUCCAUAUGAUUGCCGAGACCUACACAGAAGUGUCUGAAAAGCACGUGAUGGAUCAGGUCAGCAGUCUGGGGAGGCUUCUGAGCCUGGAUUGUACACAUCCAAAAUUUAAUGAUGAAUGGAACGCACUGAGCAAAAGAUGCGACGAGGCCCGCAAGGGUAUUUAUAGCAUGGUAAUAGAGAAGAAAGUACAAUUUGAUAGGAAUAUUGAGGCUAGAAUGAAGACCAUUGAGAGAGAGAUGAAGGCUGUGCUUCCCCCAAUCAGUGCAGCAGAGAAAAAGAUGAUUGAAGAAGCAGUGGAUGAAGGGAGAAAGGAGUUGACAGCAUGGGAGAAGGCUCAGUUUAUCUAGAAUGGCACAUCCAGCAUUGCACAGUAUGAAUGUUCAUUGUUCAGUAGAAUAUAACAAGCAGAGGACCGAUGAGAUCUUGUGAAGGAGGAGAUGUCCAAUUCUCCUCUAAUGGCCGACUUCCCUGUGGCAUCUCCUCUUAUCCAUGAUUCUUCUCAUUUUCUUCAAUUUCCACUUUCUCCUAGCUGGCUCCCAUUUCCUUCUCAUCCCCCCACCGCCCGUCCUCUUUCCCUCCCCUUAACAGCCUCUUUCUCACACAUCCUCUACUUUGGCCCCCAUCUCCUAGAGGACACCGUAUAAAGUCAGGCACAUUUUGACUUCCUAUAGCAACCUAAAAUGCCACGGUAACAUAUUUUUCUGACAAAAGAUUCCCCCUCCCCCCAGCUUGUAGGAACAUCUACUUUAUCACUGAGGGGACCCAUUGUGUGUGUGUGGGGGGGGGGAUGAGCCACCCAGUACAUCCACAAUUCAGAAUUAGAAUAUACAAUUCCACUUUCUUUUUUGCUUCUUCAUAUUUUGUUUACAAUGCAUAGGAAAUUACUGGGCACAAUAUACUUUUAAAAAAUAAUUAUCUGCUGACAGAUACAAAAUAGAAAACU